AUGUCUGGUAAUAAUGCUCGUAUCAACAUUUUCCCUACGCGAAUGGCGUUAACAAACAUGAAGCUGAAGUUAAAAGGUGCUCAAACGGGUCAUUCACUUUUAAAGCGUAAAUCAGAAGCUUUGACAAAGCGCUUCCGAGGCAUUACAGUGAAGAUUGACGAAUUGAAACGCACAAUGGGCCAAGUGAUGCAGCAAGCCUCUUUCUCUCUUGCUCAGGUCCAAUACUUUACGGGAGAUAUAAGUUAUCAAAUCCAAGAGGCUUCAAAGACAGCUCAACUACGUGUCCGGGCUAAGCAAGAGAAUGUCUCCGGAGUUAUGCUUCCUGCUUUUGAAAUGUAUAAUGAAGGUGGAAAUGCAUUUGAAUUUACCGGCCUGGGUCGCGGUGGUCAACAGGUACAGAAAGCUAAAGAAGUCUAUACUAAGGCAGUAGAGACAUUAGUAGAACUUGCCAGUUUGCAGACUGCAUUCGUCAUUUUAGAUGAAGUCAUCAAAGCAACAAAUCGCCGUGUCAAUGCUAUUGAGCAUGUUAUUAUUCCACGUUAUGAAAAUACCAUUAAAUAUAUCAUUUCUGAGUUAGAUGAACAAGACAGAGAGGAAUUCUUUAGAUUGAAAAAAGUGCAAAGUAAGAAAAAAGAACGUGCUGCUGUUGAAGAUGCCAUUAGAGCUCGAAAUGCUAUGGAAGCUGACAGAAACGGUCAUGAAGCUCCUAUUCUUCAAGCUGCUGAAGAAACGGGCCAACUUAACGUAUUGGACCAUGAAGAUGAGGAUAUUAUUUUUUAA